AUGCUCACUGCAAGAUCCGACGGCUUCAAAUGCAAGCCAUUCGUACUUCUCAAGUGGAAGCGAGCCGACCCGAAGAUUGUCUUCGACUUCAAGAAAUCUUUAGAGCUGUGCUGGAUGGGCACAACGUGGAUGAACGAUGAGUCGACUUCAUUACACCUCCAGAAAACGCUGGGCUCUUCUCUUUUCGGCAAGAGACUACUCGUGUGGGACAGCUUCCGAAGUCACAUGAGUGAGAAAACCAAGACGCUCCUCCGAGAUCUCCGUCUACACAGCGCAAUCAUCCCCGGAGGAUGCACUAAAGUACAACCUCCAGGCGUUUCGUGGAACGCCCCGUUCAAAGCCGGGAUCCGCCGUCGCUACGAGGAAUGGAUGGCGCACGGCGAGAAACGUUUGACCCGUGGGGGAAAUGUGGCUGCCCCCCCAAUGGAAAUCUACUUGCCAUGGAUUGCGGAUUCGUGGCGGGAGUUGCCCGAGGACUUGAUUGUCAAGUCAUUCAAACAGUGCGGCAUCACUGUCGCCUUCGACGGUUCGGAGGAUGACCAGAUCCCUUGUUUCAAACCCCAUGGACAAAUACCUGCCGGUCGCCAGAAGCUCGCUGAAGCUCGAAGAAGUCAUGAUUUGGGAAACGAAUGCAACCUUAGCGGGGUGUCGAACGAGACGGACAUAGACGAACUCACAGAUGAUGAGCUGUUAGAUGAUGCGUAA